GGUGGAGUCGUUUACUUUAUAUACAGCAUAGUUCGAGUACAGGCGAGAGAGAGUGAAAGGACAGGAGUUCCAGAACUGUAGCUAUAAGCGUUAUUCUUCUGCUGAAAUUAAAUCAUGUUUCGUUGCGGGAUCGCGUAUCCACGAUGCAGGUGGAUCUUGCCUCUUCUUUUGCUUUUUGCUAUCAUUUUUGACAUUAUUGCAAUCGCAGCUUCGUCCGGAUGGGUCGAAGACGAGGACGCAAAGUCUCAUUACGCAAAUAUGUGGACACAUUGGCGAGGCAGGAAUGACAAUUGGACCGCCAAGUCGUUGAUGGAAUACUCUUGGGCCCAGGCAGUGGCGGCCCUGAUGAUCAUCGGUCUCAUCUUCCUCAUCAUCGCCUUCAUCAUCUCCUGUAUCGCCCUCUGCUGCACGCUCAACUUGGGCCUUGCGCCUCUCAUCGGUGGCCUCGUCUUCCUCACGGUCGUCCUGCAGAUCAUCGCCCUCAUCAUCUACCCCGUCAAGUUUAACGAGGAUCUCAUCUUCGAGGGCCACUACAACUACACCUGGGCGUACGGCUUUGGCUGGGGCGCCACCAUCCUUGCCAUCGGCUGUGGCAUCCUCUUCUGUUGCCUGCCCCGCUAUGAGGACGAGCUGACUGGCCUGUCCAAGACCAAAUACAUCUACACCUCCGCCUAAGCAUCAGCCCACUGACCACACCUCGCUAUCUCUCUCUGUCUUUCCCUUGCGGUCAUCAGCCUGUGAGAGAUGAGAUAAAGAUAGAGGUUGUGGUGGAGACUUUUUGAAGACACUGACAGAUGAAAACGGGGCUAAUUGGUUCUAAGUGGACCAUCUCCUCAUAGACUUAGAACACUUGGCCUUGUUCCGCUUUCUCUCUUUCCUGUUUCUGUAGUUCUUCAUUCGUUGCGUGUCCAUGGUCAGCAAGAUUAACAUUUGUGUAGGACCAGAGCAAAAAGAAUGGCCUAUUGGGAUGGUUGUAAUCAUGAUGGUCCAUUAGCCUGGGUUUCUGCAAGAUUCAUGUCACUUUUGUGUAGAGAAAGUUGGACACUCGGAAUCACCAGUGUAAUUGUUCAGCACUCAUUGCUAUGUGUUAAUUGACUGUCCCAAUUCACUCAUUUCACUUACACUUGCCAAGUCAUACGUAUCAACCCAAAUAGCUCCUAAGUGCACUUAAAAACCUUUCCACCAAAUGAAGCGCAUAGGAUUAUACAUUAUAAAGCUGGCUCAGGUCGUGGGCUAAAUGGUCCCUUGGGAAAGGAAAAUAUACACUUGGUCUGCUACAUCUUUGGUGUGUAGUAUUGUGAGUGAGUAGGAUUUCUUAAUGCACACUAAAAUAAAUAGAAAAAUGUACUCUAGGUCUAAAUGUAUACGUUAUGGGCUUAUUCUGUUUCCAUCAAAUACUUUAAGAUGGCUUUUAGAAGCUUUUUACUAAUUCCAACGGCCACUUCAAUCUUGGUAUGUCAUUAAACAUAUUAAGCUUCAAGAAAACAACUAAUCCUGCAGAUGAAUGUAUAUAUUUCUCAAAAAACUAUAUUUUUUCCAGAUUAUAAUCAUAAUUGAAAUCAAAGAGAGGAUUUGGAAUUCUGUAUGCAACUAUGCAAAACGUGUCACUGUUUUCUCUCUCUUUCUCUCUCUGGGUGUGUUUGUGUGUGCGUGUGUGUGUGUGUGUGUGUGUGUUGUAUGUGGCUGUUGUUAAACUCUGACUAUCCAUUUUUUGCACAAAAGGUUUUCAAAGAAUUAAUGUCCAUCUGAGUGAUGGGAUCACCAUGUAAAAGUAUAAACACAGGUGGCUUCAUGUGGUCCAUGUAUUAGUAACUGUGUCAUGUAGUCCAUUUGUUUGAUUUUAUCCUCGAAUCUUGUUUUCAUGACAUUCAUCAUUUGUGGCAGUUUUUGUGAUAUUGCUACAAAGCUGUGUCCUUCUUUCAAAUGUCACAUUUUAAUAAAAACAAAAACACUUUUACAUUAGUCCAAAUCACAGCUGUGUCUGGUAUGAGUCUGGCCUUGAUCUGACUCAGAUUGGAUGGGUCUGUGCAGGAUUGGGGCCAGAGUCACUCUGGAGUCACGGCCAUCUGUGUUUACUAGCUGUCUUACUACAUACUAAUAUUUGUGCCUUAAAGACCAUGUCAAAAACAUAUAUUGUAAUAUCUCCUAUCUGUUGUUGAAUAUCAAAUUCCAUUCUAAAGAUAUGUACUGUACAUAAUACAAUGUACUUUCCCAGAUAUUGGCAUAGUUGUAAUUUAAUUGACAUUAUGAGACUGUUUGCAAGAAUUUUGUGUGUUUUUUAUGCAAUAAAAAGUGUUUCAGACAUCCA